AUGAGUGUCAGAUUCAUGGAAAUGUCAUACAUAUGCCCCCUGAAGAUCUCCAUCAAACAAUUACUUCUUGGCCUUUCUCCACUUGGGGAUGUUAUUGGUCCCAUAAAUCCGCCUUCAUCUAAAGAAAAACAAUAUAUUCUAGCAGUAACAGACUAUUUCUCUAAGUGGAGUGAAGCAAUCGCAUUGCAUAAUGUCAAAGAAAAAGACAUGGUUAAUUUCAUCCAACACGCGAUAAUAUAUCGCCACAACAUCCCAAAGAAAAUCGUAACUGAUAAUGGUACCCCUUUCAAGAAUAGAGGCAUGGAAAAGCUGUGUCAAAAAUUCAGUAUUCACCACUCGUUCUCAACACCUUACUAUCCACCAGCCAAUGGAUUAGCAGAGGUAUUCAAUAAGACGAUAGUGAAGAUACUGAAGAAGACAGUGACAGGAACAAGUGUGAUUGGGAUGAACAGUUGCAAGAAGCAUUGUGAGCAUAUAGGACUACCCACCGGACAACAACAAGAUCAUCCCAUUUGA